UUUCAAUGUGAAAAUUGUGAAUUUGCAAAGCAUCAGCGUACAUUUUUUCCAAAACAUGAGUACAAACCAUCUAAACCAUUUGCUAUGAUUCAUAGUAAUCUAUGGGGACCAUCCCGCACUCCUAAUCGUACCCAAACAAAAUGGUUUAUUACAUUUAUUGAUGACCACACUCGAGUCUGUUGGGUUUAUUUAUUGAAAGACAAAACUGAUGUUAGAUCUGUCUUUAUGAACUUCCACUCCAUGAUAUUGACACAAUUUCAAACACAACUUCAAAUCCUCCGUACCGAUAAUGGCACGGAAUAUUUCAAUGCUACUUUGCAAGAUUACCUAAAAAAACACGGAAUUGUCCAUCAAAGCUCAUGCGUCCAUACCCCCCAACAAAAUAGGAUUGCUGAACGGAAAAAUAGACACAUACUAGAAGUUGAUCGUGCCUUAAUGUUUACUAUGAACAUGCCAAAAACAUUCUGGGGGGAUUCCAUUUUAACAUCUACUUACCUAAUUAACCGGUUGCCUAGUAGGACGCUCUCCUUCGACUCACCCUUACAAAGGCUCCAAAAAUACUUCCCUACUUCCUGCCUUAGUUCAAACCUACCUCUAAAAAUAUUUGGCAGCACUGCAUUUGUACAUAUUCACUCUCAAAAUUGAAACAAACUUGAACCACGUGCUAUCAAAUGUGUGUUUAUUGGGUACUCACCUACUCAAAAAGGGUACAAAUGCUAUGACUCAUCUGGGAAAAGAGUCAUAGUUAGCCUUGAUGUCAGUUUUUUCGAAAACACACCUUACUUCCUGAAACCUUCUCUUCAGGGGGAGAACUUGAGUGAAGAUCAGUUCUCAAAUAACGAGUUCCUGGACUUUGACCUUUCCCCAACUGAUUUCACGUUCCCUAACCCUUCUAAGGUGUCAUACACAGAAGAUAACUUGAAUUCAGGGAGAGAUGAAGGAAAACAGAGAGUGAUAAAGAGACCCUAGUUUACUCAACAAGGCCUAAAUCGAAGUGUAAGGAACCUCUCAUGCCUGAAGCACCAAAAGAGUUCGAACCGGUGAGAGGAACUGAUGAAAAUCCCCUCGAUCCAAGUGAUGAUCUACCUAUUGCUCUCAGAAAACAAACCCGAUCAUGUACUCUACAUCCUAUCUCAAAAUUCAUGUCUUAUAAUGCUCUAUCUACUGAAUUUCGUGCUUUUACUGCUAAUCUUGAUGAAACAGAAAUUCCAAAAAAUAUUCAAGAAGCCUUGGAAUCACCCAAAUGGAGAGAGGCAGUGAUGGAGGAAAUGAAAGCCUUAAAGAAAAAUGAAACUUAGGAAGUGGUAAACCUGCCAAAAGGAAAGAAACCUGUAGGGUGCAAAUAGGUUUUUAACGUGAAGUACAAGGCAGAUGGGACGAUUGAACGCUACAAAGCUCGUUUAGUUGCCAAAGGGUAUACUCAAACCUAUGGCAUUGACUAUACAGAAACAUUCGCACCAGUGGCUAAAUUAAAUACAAUCCGAGUUCUUCUGUCAUUAGCAGUAAACCUAGAUUGGCCACUUCAACAGUUGGACAUUAAAAACGCAUUUCUCAAUGGGGAACUAGAAGAAGAAGUAUUCAUGACAAUACCAUCGGGCUUCAACAAUUCAAAUGAGGAAAGUCGAGUAUGUAAGCUCAGGAAAUCUUUAUAUGGGCUUAAACAGUCACCCAGAGCAUGGUUCGAUAGAUUUGCAAAGGUAUUGAAAACUCAAGGAUAUCAACAAGGGCAGUCAGACCAUACCAUGUUCUAUCAUCUAUCCAGAGGAGUAAAGACCAUCCUUAUUGUGUAUGUGGAUGAUAUUAUCUUGACAGGGGACAACAUAGGUGAAAUGGAAAGACUAAAGAAGUGCCUAGCAACUGAAUUUGAGGUAAAAGACCUUGGGCAAAUGCGAUACUUCUUGGGAAUGGAGAUUGCAAGAUCAAAGAAAGGUAUCAGCGUUUCCCAACGAAAAUACAUUCUUGACCUGUUGGCUGAAACAGGUAUGUUGGGGUGCAAACCAAGCGAUACACCUAUUGAGGCGGGGAAAGUGAUAAAGGACACCGGAAAACCCGUGGAAAUGGACAAAUAUCAAAGACUAGUUGGAAAAUUGAUCUACCUCUCACACACUAGACCUGAUAUUGCUUUCGCAGUCAGUGUGGUCAGUCAACAUAUGCAGGCUCCCAAAGAAAUUCGUCUAGAAGCAGUUUAUAAAAUUCUUAGAUACCUAAAGGGAACAUCUGGAAGAGGUCUAUUCUUCGGGAAAAAUAAGAGUAAAGGAGUAGAAAUAUUCACAUAUGCAGAUUGGGCUGGAUCAACGGAAGAUAGAAGGUCUACUACCGGCUACUGCACCUUUGUAUGGGGAAAUACGACAACCUGGAGAAGUAAGAAACAAAAUGUGGUAGCUAGAAGCAGUGCUGAGGCUGAAUUCAGAGCUGUUGCACAAGGAAUAUGUGAAGGACUUUGGAUAAAGAAGCUCUUGGGAGAAUUGAAAGUUGAAGUAGAACUUCCAAUUAAACUCUAUUGUGAUAACAAAGCAGCUAUUAACAUUUCGCUCAACCCAGUACAACAUGAUAGAACUAAACAUAUAGAAGUUGACAGACAUUUCAUCAAAGAAAAGGUCGACAACGGGAUUAUUUGUAUGACAUAUACUCCUACAAAAGAACAAACGGCCGAUGUAUUCACAAAAGGAUUGCCCAGACAAGCAUUCCACGACUUUAUCAGCAAGUUGAACAUGAUCAACAUCUACAGUUCAACUUGAGGGGGAGUGUAGAAAGGACCGAAUAUAGUAAAGGAGGUAGUUAUGGUAAUUAGAAUUAAUUAGAGAUUGCAAUCUCGUAUUUUUUGGUAGAACAAUUUACUUCCAAAUUUAGAAGAUUAGUUUCCUUUUUUCUUCCUUCACCUCAUGUAUAUAAAUCGAUUAUAAUCAAUAUUGUGAAUACAAAAAAAGUGAGAAUUUCCUCUCACGUGUGUAUCUUCUUUAGUUUGUCCAUCAGUUUGAGGAUGGUAGGCAUUGCUUUUACGGACAGUUCCCGUAGCUAAAAAAGCUCCCUCAAAAAAAUGACCGAGAAAAACCUUGUCAUGGUCUGGGACAAUUGACUAGGGAAUGUCGUGAAGUUUUACGACCUCUCGGAUAAAUACUCCAGCCACACCUACUGAUGUAAAAGGGGUGUUUGAGGCCUAAGAAAUGGGCAUAUUUGCUUAGCCAGUCAACCACCACCAAAAUUGAAUUAUAGCCUCCGGAUUUUGAAAGUCCCCCAAUGAAGUCCAUCGAAAUAUCCUCCCAUAUCAAUUGUGGAAUAGGAAGAGGCUGCAUCAAACCUGCAGGAGAAAGUGCGAGACUUUUAUUCUUCUAGCAUGCUGGACAUUCUUCAACAAACUUCUUCACGUCCUUCUUCAUCCCUAAUCGGUAUAGAUCCUCGGCGAGAUGCUUGUAAGUUCGAAGGAGCCUUGAAUGCCCUCCAAAGUGCUGCUAUGGAACUUCCUUAAGGAGCUUAGGAAUCAGGAGAGAAGAACCCGAUAGCACUAGUCAUCCCUUGUGCAACAGUCUCCCUUGGUCUAGGGAAGAAUAGGAGUGUGUGGCUGAGUCCUUUGUUAAGUCCUUUAUUUUAGACAGCUGAGGAUCAGCGGCAACCUGUUUUAGGGAUGUCCAGCAUGGUUGGAGUUGUGAUGACCGACAAUUCAACUGGAGGAGCUAUUUGUGACCAUGCAUCCGCAGCCUUAUUCUCUAUACCGGGAUGAUAUCGAAUCUCAAACUCAAAACCCAUGAGCUUAGUCAACCACUUUUGGAACUCUCCUUGAAACUACCCUCUGUUCCAGUAAGUAUUUUAAGCUUCGCUGGUCUGUUCUCACGAUGAAAUGACAUCCCAACACGUAAUGUCACAACCUUUGGACAGCUAAGACGACUGCCAUUAAUUCUCUUUCGUACACAAACUUGAGGCGUGAUUUAGUGGAUAAGACCUGGUUGAAAUAAGCUCUGGGCUGCUGGUUUUGCAUUAGGAUUGCCCCCCACGCCAUACCCAGACGCGUUUGCCUCAAUAACGAAGCGUUUGGAGAAAUCAGGAAGGGCAAACAUAGGCACUGAAGACAUGGCCCUUUUUAGCCACCGGAAAGCUGCCUCAGCCUCUACCGUCCAUCCAAAAGCAUCUUUCUUAAGCUUUUGUGUAAGGGACCAAGAGAUUUCACCAUACCCUGCUACAAAGCGGCGAUAAUACCCAGUCAACCUUAGGAAUCCACGCAAUUCCCUGAUGUUUCAGGGUGUUGGCCAAUUUGUUAUAGCUAAAAUCUUGUCCGGGUCUGUGGUCACCCUUGUUGCUAAGACCAGGUGACCCAAGUAUUCAAUUUGGGGCUGGGGAAACUGACUUUUUUCGCAUUAGCAUAGAGCUGAUGGGAAGCUAAAAUCUUGAAGACCUUUUCCAAGCGAUGGACAUGUGUCGCCAUAUCCUUGCUCUACACCAAUAUGUCAUCAAAAGAUACUAAUACGAACUUUCUUAAGUACUCGCGGAAUACCUAAUUCAUUAGGGACUGGAAAGCGGCAGGGGCAUUUGUUAGCCCAAAGGGCAUCAUCAAGAAUUCAUAAUAUCCUUCAUGAGUCCUGAAGGUAGUCUUAGGCACAUCUUCCUUUCUUACUUGAAUUUGGUGGUAUCCCGACUCGGGGAAUACCUAAUUCAUUAGGGACUGGAAAGUGGCAGGGGCAUUUGUUAGCUCGAAGGGUAUCACCAAGAAUUCAUAAUAUCCUUCAUGCGUCCUGAAGGUAGUCUUAGGCACAUCUUCCUUUCUUACUCGAAUUUGGUGGUAUCCCGACUUACGGUCCAGCUUGGAAAAUAUGUUGCCCCAUGAAGUUCAUCUAGCAAUUUAUCAAUGACCGAAAUCGGGAAUUUAUUCGAAAUCAUUGAUUUGUUCAAUGAUCAGUAAUCAAUAUAGAACCUCCAGCCCCUGUCCUUUUUCACUAGGAGCACAGGACUCGAGAAAGGGCUCGUACUAGGUCGUAUGAUCCUUGCAUCCAACAUGUCUCGGACCAAAUGCUCAAUUUCAUUUUUCUAGAAGUGGGGGUAUCUGUAUGGCCUCACACUAAUCCGAUCAAUUCUUAUCGGAUGGCAUGAUCAAUUUCUCUGGUUGACGGCAGUGACCUAGGCAUGUCAAAAACUGAGGGGUAUUUUUGUAGUACUUGCUGCACUUCUAUAGGUAGUGGCUUAUUUUCAGCUUUCCCAACUUCGGCCCCUAGACUUCUUAACUCCACCCACACCCCUUGACCCUCUUGCUACAAGGCUUUUACCAUAGUUUUGAGGGAUACUUCUAUAUGAUUGCGCCUGUGAUUCCCUUUUAAUGUAACCUCUCCUCCUAAUUGAAAACUUAUCUUGAGGAGUUUCCAAUUUACUUCCAUGUCGCCUAAGCUACACAACCACUGCAUUCUUAAAAUGACAUCGGUAUUACCCAAUUCUAGUGUCAAAAAGUCUUCCACUAUUUUCAGCCCCUGUAUCUCUAUUUUGAACCCUUACAAAUCCCCUUUCCCUUGGUCGACACUCCAAUCCCCAUAACGACUCCAUAGUUUGUUGUCGCCACAGUUGGUAUCCCAAGCUGCUUAAUCAAUUCUACUGAUAUGAAGUUAUGUGUUGCCCCCACAAUCCACCAGCACCACCACUUCCUUCCUUCCUAUCACUCAUGUUCAUAUUACCUGGAGUGGAAAGCCUUACCAUUGAAUUUAGCGACACUUCUACUGUUUCUGCUACUUCCAGUGGGUCGCUGGCCGCUGGCAACUCUUCGCCUUUCUCAUGUUCAGCUUCUUCCUCUUACAACAACAGUACCUUCAGCUCCCUAUUUUUACACUUGUGCCCGACUGUGAACCUUUCGUCACAAUGAAAAUAGAGCCCCUUUUCCCUUCUUGCUUGCCGCUCUGCAUCAGUCAACCUCCGAAUUGGAGUUUCCCUGCGUGGGACCGGUGCUUUCUCUCCCACAGUCAUUGAUAUGAUUGGGAAGGGUUCACCGCCUAUGUCUUUCCUAGAUGUACAGUUGAAAUCGACCUUACCAUUUUUGGGCUUUGAGGAUUAAUAAGGAUUUUCAUUACUUGGUUCCUUUCUUCCACCGUUUGGGCCAUUUCCAUGAUGCGGCCCAGCCCAAUCGGUUGAUGCAACCUAACUUCGGCCUUUAUAGUUGGUUUGAGCCCAUUAAUAUAUGUACUCGCCAAAACCUCUUCAAGAAGAUCGACCAAUGGAGCUGCCAAGGCUUGGAACAUUCUCCGAUACUCCUCAACGGAUCUUUCUUGUCGGAUGGCCAAAAGUUUUUCGCAUAAGCUACCCUCCUGUGUUGGUCUGAAUCUCAGUAGGAGCUUCUGCCGGAAUGAUUCCCAGGUUCUAAAUGGGUCUCUAGCCUUCGUCCACUGUAGGCAUGAAAGGGCGCUACCAUUGAGUCUAACCCCAACUGACGCCAGCUUCUCCUUCUCUGUCUUGCCAUUAAUCUCGAAGUACCUUUCUGCCCAGUACACCACCCGUCUGGGUCAUCUCCGCUGAAAAUAGGCAUUCAAGCUUGUACACAUGCCGCCAAUCUCUUCCCGUCAAACUUUGAUCGGCGGUGGCCGUUGUUCCUUCUAUACUGGCCUCCUCCAACCCUUCCGGCCAUCUUCCCCUGUCUUGUGCCUUGCAAUCCAACAUGGGUCUUGGGAGGUGCUAGUGGGUAAUCCCUUUUCAAUAGUACUUCCCGUUCCAUCUUCUUCCAACCGUUUGCCCCUGGCCGUCUUAGGAAGAUUCAAAGUAGUCAUGGUUUUCUGCUUUUCUUCCACAGUCUAUAGUAUCUUGGCCAUGCUCUGUGAAAGUUGUUCCAUUGACUUUUCCAAACCGCCUAGAAGAUGCAACUCCGAUUUCAUUUCUUCCACCUCUCUCUCAAUGGCUUCCACUUUGCUAUUUGUCUUUUUCUGGGCCAUCAGGACUCGAUGAGCUCUAAUACCACUUUGUUACGAACCCAAUAAAUGAACGAACAAAAUUGAGUUUAGGAACGAUACUUUUAUUGUAAUGAAGAACGAAUUACAGUAAAGAGAAACAUAACAGAGCCUAAUCAAGGAACUCUGCUAUCUCUACCAACUUCUACUACUCUCAAAUUGCCUGCUAUUGUGCUGACUCUCUACGUUUAUUUAUAGUUGCUGAUUAACAGAUUUUCCCUCCCAAAUCCUCCCCCCAACAGACUUCAAUUUCACGUAACAAACUAUCAGGUGCCCCUUAACUUCUUCCAGAUGGAUCUCCAAGCUUCCUGCCUCUUCUAGAAUAGGUGAAUCGGAUGGGAGGUUUAUCAGAUUGCAUGGUCCACGACCAUAGGUGCUUGUAUAUACGUGGAGCACAUUAGCUUUAAUUAUUCAAAGAAGUUCACCAAAUGUAAUUGUGCCUUCAGCAACCAUAGGUGCUUGUACUGUACUGAUGUAAUCAUGAAACCACGGCUUCUACUUGGCAAAUGUGGUUGUUAAGGAUUACGAUUUAUGGUUCUUGUAGUAUUUACACAAGGCCCUAUUCGUUCUUUGACUCCUAGUACUUUGGACACAAAUUCUUUCAUUUCUUGGUCUAUUGACAAAUAGCCCAAUAAUGUUGCUUUCUGGCAGGUGAUCAUGUUAUCAAUCUAUCUAGGGAUAUCUACAGAGCCUGGAAGGUUGUGCUUUUUGCCCAAUUUUAACGCAUCAUAUGACUGGCGUUUCAAAGGAAAGUCGACCCCGAUCAUCUUACUGAUACAUAGAAUCCAACUUCUCCUGAAAGUUUAAGCUAUUGGGUUUUGAGCCCCAUGUAUAUGUUGCAUGCCAUCCCAAUUUAUUUAUUCAUUUAAUACGAGGCACUACAAACCUAUUCCUUUGUUCAUGGAGAAACACCCAACAAAAUACAUAUAUAUGAACAUGUCUGUUGAUAUUGUUGUACGCUUGUCUAUUUUGUCUAUUCUUAAAUGAAGAAGCCAACUAAGAACAUAUAUCACAACUAACUUACUCCCUAGUCAACUGAUUAAGAACCAGCAUCAUCUCGGGCAUGAAAAUUUGGAGUCAAUUCACUGCUGUAACUUUUGCUGCAUGCAUCCUAUCCAAUAGAGAGGCUGAUUGUUUUACAACAAUUUUAUAUUUGGUUAAAUUGUUUUUGACUGUGAUACAGAUACAAAAGGUAAUGGACAGGCCUCUUAAAUGAAUGUAAAAUUUGGAUUUGAAUUCCGACUUUCUUAAUUUUAGGGUUUAGUUACGUAAUGUUCAUACUUUGAAUUUACUCUGGAUUAGCUAGUUUCCUUUCAUGUGAAGAGACUUCAUUAUCCUUUUUGCUGCUGCAAAAUAGCUAGAAAAUGAGAAUACGUAAUUGCUUUGAUUUAUGCAUUCUUCUUAGAUGGGUUUUUAAGUUUUUAUUAUUUAUAAUCUUAUGCAAUAUACUUUUCACAUGAUAUUUUUUUUUUCUUUUUUGAUAUUUGCACACCCUUAUUUCCUUUCACGUUAUAAUUUUCUAUUUCA